CCGGAAAGCCGCCGGGACCGCGCGAUGGAGGUCGCCGGCGCGGGCUUCCGCAAGGACCUGGUCAGCAAGCUGCUGUGCCUGCAUUUCAAGGAUGACAAGACCCGAGUCAGUGGGGAUGCACUGCGGCUCUCGGCGGAGCUGCUGAAGAUCUUCGUGAGGCGGCCGUGCGCAGUGUCCGGCAGGCCCAGGCGGAGGACCUGGCCCGAGUGGACGUGGACCACCUGGAGAAGGUGCUGCCGCAGCUGCUCCUGGACUUCUAGGUGCCCGGCAGGGAAGGAGCCGCGCUCACGCCGCUGGAGCCCCAUGGCCAGUCCCCCCAGACACGCCUCGCAGCAGCCAGAGGGCCUGUGGCGGGCAGCGGGGAGCGGGACGGGCCGGCCCAGGCCGCAGCAAUAAACUGGCAACGC